GAUACAAUUUUCUUUUCAAUUUUUGCACCAUAUCCACUGGGAGAUGUAAGCAUACAUAGUGAUGGGAAACUUACAUUUCUUCAAAGUAAAGACUGUGGAGUCAGCAAUGAGUGAGGAAGAUUUCCGGAAGAUAUUUCUGUUCCCUUGGAAUGAAUGGAUUUGCUAUAGCAACCAUUGCAGUACCUGACAAACGCAGUACAAUAGCUCCAGGCAGAAGCACUCCUAUGACUUAUAACGUAUCAGAAGAUUUAUCAACAGCUGUGAUGGACAUUUACAGAGCUACAAACAAUGUAACAUUUUUACAAAAUAGUACACACGGCAACAAUAGUUCUGCACCAUGUUAUGUACAUUGGGACUGGAUAUAUACCGUACAGCCUAUCUUCCUCUGGCUGAUCAGUGUGCUUGGUAUAAUAGAAAAUGUUUUUGUCCUGUGUGUCUUUUGUUUGCACAAGGUUCGCUGCACUGUAGCUGAAAUAUACUUUGGAAAUUUAGCAGCUGCAGACUUAAUUCUAGUCUCCUGUUUACCAUUCUGGGCGAUAUACAUUGCUAACAGGUAUGACUGGCCAUUUGGACUUUUUCUUUGCCGUGCUGUUACUGCAGUCAUCAACAUUAACUUAUAUUCCAGCAUGUGUUUUUUAGUGCUGGUAAGCAUCGAUCGCUACAAGGCUUUGGCGAAAACAAUGUCUCUUGGUCGAAUGAGAAGACCCUACUGUGCAAAACUUUGUUGCUUUGCCAUUUGGGUGUUUGGGUUUUUAAUGUCUACCCCAGUUAUUGCAUUUAGAAAUGUGGAACGUAUAGAAGGCUACAAUGUCACAGCAUGCAUCCUUCGUUAUCCACAGCCGAGCAAUAAGAAAUGGGAAAUUGGAAUUAAUAGCAUGUUAUUUGUAGUUGGUUUUUUGAUUCCAUCUAUUGUGAUUGCUUAUUGUACUAUACACAUUGUUAAAGAACUCAAAAAUAACAGUAUUGAAAAACGGAAAGAAAAUCAGAACGAGAAAAGAGCUGAGGUUUUGCUAUUUUCUGUGUUACUUGCAUUUUUCAUCUGUUGGCUACCAUUCCAGAUUAUAAAUCUUUUAACAGUGCUUUUUCAUGCAGAAAUUUUGUCUGGCUGCACCUGGGAUUUUAUUCUAGAGAAAGGCAGGCAAAUUUUUGUCUACUUAGGGUACAGUAACAGUUGUAUUAAUCCAGUACUGUAUGUCAUUGUGGGAAAACACUUCAGGAAGAAAGCUCAACAGGUGUUUGGAGACUGUUACUACAGGAGAAAGUCCAGGCCUUCCUUAGCAGAACUGAAUUAUUCAACAAAUACUUUGAAAACAUCUCUUUCAACAAUACAGCCAGGAAAUGUCAUGCUUAAUAAACAAUAGUGCCAGUUUUAUUAGUAAACAUAAAUGAUGACAGUCUGAUAAGAAACAAACAUUUUAGAAUCACAGUGUGUUUAUUUGUGUUAUACAAAUGUAUAUCGUAUACAUAUGGUUAUCAAUUAUUUCAUAUUGAAAUUGGAUAAAAGUAAUCGUAUGACUAGUCCUGGACUAUGAGUAUAAAGUAAUGAAGCAAAUUCUGGAAGUAAAGUAAAAGACUGACUGCAGAAAAUAACAUGUCAAUUUUUCUGCUUGCCACUCCUGAAAACAUAAAAAUACAUUUUAUAUACAUUGUUUAUUGCACAGAUAUUUUGAAUCUUCUUUGUCUCUUUGCAUUUGUAUCAGGCAUAUUUUAAACAUUGUAUUAUUUCAUCAUGUGACAGCCACAAAUUGUAUUAUUAUUUUUUAUUCUACCCCUCAGUGAUCACUUUUUAUUCAAGUCCUCAAAUUUCUAUGCUGCAACAUGUGAAAAUGACUGCAUUUUCUAUUAGUUAAAGUAAAUAUUUAUGUUAUUUUAUUGUGAAA